GCUGCGCGCAGCACUCGGGGCGCACCGGCGCUCUGGCGGCGGCUCGGGCUCCCGCUCCGCUCCAGGUCCGCUCGGGCUGUAGCGGUGGUGCCGCUGGCCCCAUUCGGCCCGGAUUCCGGCCCGGGCCCCCUCGGCGCUGCCCGCCCCGGCCCCGUCCCGGGCCUCCGCGCCCGCGGACCAUGCGCCGGGCAUCCCCCGGCGAAGCCGGCGGGGCCGAGAGCCCGCAAACACCAGGCUCCCGGGCCGGGGCCCCUCCCGGCCGCGCGGCCGGCGAUCCGCGCCCUGCCCCGCUCCCCGGCGCCGCCUGAGCCGGCGGGGCCAUGGAGCGCACGCCGCCCGACGGGCCGCUGAACGCGUCGGGGGCGCUGGCGGGCGAGGCGGCGGCUGCAGGCGGGGCGCGCGGCUUCUCCGCCGCCUGGACCGCGGUGCUGGCUGCGCUCAUGGCGCUGCUUAUUGUGGCCACGGUGCUCGGCAACGCGCUGGUCAUGCUCGCUUUCGUGGCCGACUCGAGCCUCCGCACCCAGAACAACUUCUUUCUGCUCAACCUCGCCAUCUCCGACUUCCUCGUGGGGGCCUUCUGCAUCCCACUCUAUGUGCCCUACGUGCUGACUGGCCGCUGGCCCUUUAGCCGGGGUCUCUGCAAACUGUGGCUGGUGGUGGACUAUCUGCUCUGCACGUCCUCUGUCUUCAACAUCGUGCUCAUCAGCUACGACCGCUUCCUGUCGGUCACCCGCGCUGUGUCCUACCGGGCCCAGCAGGGCGACACACGGCGGGCGGUGCAGAAGAUGGUGCUGGUGUGGGUCCUGGCCUUCCUGCUGUACGGGCCUGCCAUCCUGAGCUGGGAGUACCUGUCGGGGGGCAGCUCCAUCCCAGAGGGCCACUGCUAUGCCGAGUUCUUCUACAACUGGUACUUCCUCAUCACGGCCUCCACACUUGAGUUCUUCACGCCCUUCCUCAGCGUCACUUUCUUCAACCUGAGCAUCUACCUGAACAUCCAGAGGCGCACCCGCGUCCGGCUGGAUGGGGUGCGGGACCCCGAGCCCGCACCUGAUGCCCAGUCCUCGCCCCCAGCGGCUGCGCCCGGCUGCUGGGGCUGCUGGCACAAGGGUCGAGGGGAGGCCAUGCCGCUGCAUAGGUAUGGGGUCGGGGUGGGCGAGGCAGCCCCUGGCACUGAGGCCGGGGAGGUGGCCCUCGGGGGCGGCAGCGGUGGGGGCGCCGCGGCCUCGCCCACCUCCAGCUCCGGCAGCUCCUCCCGGGGCACAGAGCGGCCGCGCUCGCUCAAGCGGGGCUCUAAGCCCUCGGCGUCCUCUGCGUCCCUGGAGAAGCGCAUGAAGAUGGUGUCCCAGAGCAUCACCCAGCGCUUCCGGCUGUCGCGGGACAAGAAGGUGGCCAAGUCGCUGGCCGUCAUCGUGAGCAUCUUCGGGCUCUGCUGGGCCCCGUACACACUCCUGAUGAUUAUCCGGGCCGCCUGCCAUGGCCACUGCGUCCCUGACUACUGGUAUGAGACAUCCUUCUGGCUGCUGUGGGCCAACUCCGCCGUCAACCCUGUCCUCUACCCGCUGUGCCACUACAGUUUCCGACGAGCCUUCACCAAGCUGCUCUGCCCCCAGAAGCUUAAGGUGCAGCCCCAUAGCUCCCUGGAGCGCUGCUGGAAGUGAGCGGGCUUCCUGGGCACCUGGGAGGCCGGGACAGGGCCCUCCCACUGCCACUCCCGCUUGAGG